UAUGUAUGGCAGGCGGAAGUGUUGAUGUAUGCGUGUCAGUAACAGAACAGCUCACCCCGUCUUCCUGAGGCUCCACAUACAGCUCAUCACCGAUCCUGGACAGCGAGUGGAUGGCUUUGGCCAACACUGGACGUGUGUAAAUUCUGAGGAACGCCGCCAAGCACCAUCUCUCCUCCCUAUCAUCGCUGAGGAGGUCUGGCUAAAACAAUCUCCCUAUACUGAAACCUUGGACAUUUGAUGAAAGAGAGAGACUUUGAAAGGACACAAGAGGACAAAGGUCAAGAAUUGUUUUGAGUCUGGCUCAUCUUUGUGCCAAAACAACACAAAAAAAGAAAGAGACUUCUGCUGAAACGUUUGAGGAUUGUGGAGGAGUGGAAGAAGUAUGACAGUAAGACCUGGCUGAGGAACUUAAAUGUUAAGAAACGCAGCUGUCCUGAUAUUUGUUCUGAGAAACAACUAAGAGGAUGAUGGAAAAAAAUUGGAACAUGAAAAGGGAGGAAGACAACCAUCACAAGAGUCUUUACAACAAAUGCAGCAAAUGCUGGACGGGGUGACACAAACACUUUCUUCUGUCAUGGUUUCCAGUCUCUAUUUGAAGCAACACUUUACAUAAGACUGUGUGGAAUCCAGCCCUUUUAGCGGACUAUAUUGUUGUGUUCAUGUGUACUCAUUGUUGACAUGCCUUUCUGUGAUUUCUGGAUUUGAUACACAACAGUUUUGUUCCUAGAUGUCUCAGUCACAUAAUCCAACAGACACUCAGAGCUUGCUGCAGUCCAUGCUGCAGAGACUGAAGCUCCAGUCGGGAAGAGAGGGCCAGCCAUUCCUGCACUCGCCUGUACCAGCUGCUAACACAUGGAAGCAAGAUGGAGAAAGAGAAGCCGCCAACCUCCAGAGAGUAAACAACAGCCCGGCAAAUGGCUUUGAGUUUGGUACCAAUGGUAGCCCCUCAAAAAAGUUUGGGAUUUCUGCUGCGGAUAGUAAUUUUGGCCUCAAAGGUAGGGAAAUACAGCAACCAGGCCUUGACAGUGGAAUAAACAGGGGUCUUAUUUCCUUCCCCUCCCAGAAGGAUGACAUUGAUAAUAACACGGGUGAGAACAGGGUGUUGGAACAGGCCCCAUCGCCUAGGAUCACCCCAACAGGAACAGGGCAGCUGUUUCCCGCUAAAGCACUUAAGGAUGCUGACCUCACUUCCUUUGAGAGGACUGAUGGGGAAAGGGUGAGUUUUGGCAGUUCUGCAAUGACAAGACACAUUCCUGGUAAUGAAGAUACUGUCCCAAGCCCCGGACAGAACCAGGGCUUUACACCCAAAGUCUACACGUGGUCCUUGAAGUCCACAGAUGCAAAUCUUGACACAGGAAGUCAAGACAAUAAAGUGCUGCCUAUGGAGAAUGGAGGAUUUGGAGAUUUGGCACAAAGUAAAGACAUGCAGUUUUUUGCAACAAGCCAAAAUACAACAAGCAGUGGCUCCAGAAGAAAACAGCGACCAUCUGAGAAUAAAACGAGGAGAUGGACACAGAAGCUUAAAGAGAGAUGGUUGGAGAGGUCGGGGAGUUUUGGUAAAAAGGGAAAAGAAGUAGGUGGGAGAGUAGACCGAGAGAGUGAACAAGGAACUGGGAUUUCAACUCAAAACCAGCUACUGACAGCAGAAGGUCUUAUCAACACAUCAGUUAAAGAGGAAGACAAGCCAGACAGCAGUGAACCCAGUGAAACCCCUCCUACACGCACAGAGGACAGCACUCUUGAGGGGCGUAUCAGGUCUUCUAGCGACUUUGACUUUGGCCUGGGCUCAUUCAGCCUACUGGACGAGAUCGUCACAGGUCAAGAGUGGGCUAAGUUCCUUAACCCCAACCUACCACCCACUUCAACCAAUCAGAGACCACCAGAACAGCCGCUGGGCAAACCCCAAAUCCCACCAAAUCCUUCUGAUAGUGGUCAGUUAUCUCUGAUUUUGAACCAGCAAGGAAGUGGGAACAGCCCGUGGAGCUUCAGGGGCACAGAGUCAUCGCCAGGUUUAGAUUUCAGUAUGGCACAGAUAUCGCCUGAUGCUUUCCUACCUGUCGGCAUGGACGUUUCAGGGGGAAAACAACAGCAGGAUGUUCACAGAGUGGCUGAUCAGUCAGAACCAAUGGAAGACUGGCAGUCUGGAGAGAGAGGACAGAGGCAGCAGUGUAGACCUUCACCCUCUGCACAGCCUGCAGAUGUUGUGGACAACUCAGCGCUCAAGAGAGUCAGCCUCAACAGAAAGAGGCAGCAUCAGUCAGCCGAGAGGAGGGACGAGGGGCUUCAACCUGAGAAAAUAAGCGAUGGAAACGAGACAGGCAGAGGGGGCUCUAUAUCUUCACUGAGCAUAACCAGCAGUCAUGCGAUGGAUGAAACAGGAGAGUCACAAUCUGAUGUUGCCAUGCUUUUGCACACUGUAAACUCUUCUUCUUCCCCCCUCUCUCCAUCUUCUUUUAACCCUUUUGCUCCUGCACCACGGGGUGUCCUCAGACACUCCAUAUCCCAGGAUUCUGAGUCCUCUAUGGAAACAGUGACAAAAAGGAGGCGAGUUGAAGAGAACCGCCGGGUUCAUCGGGUUCAUUUUGCAGAGGAGAUGGUGACCAUAGUACCUCCGAAGCUGGAUAUGGACGUUACAGACUCAGAGGAGGAUUCGGAAGCAGAUGAUGACUCUGUGAUAGAGCAGGCGUAUGAGGUGGAGCAGGCGGCAAUGGAGGAGGUGGCACCGGCCCGUCGGCAUGCCCUCCCCGCCUGGAUACAGGCUCUGAAGAGGAAGAACACAGGGAGGAAGCACAGAUAGUGACUGUGAAACUACAAAAA